AUUCAGGAAACUCGAGACCUAGCCAAGACCAGUCAAUUUGUGACAGAGAUAGUACUGCAAUGUCUAUCUUAUUCCGGAGUAGAUAAAUGUCGAAUUGAGUUACAAAGCUUAGCUGAGUUUGGUUUAUCCCUUCACCACCAGGGGGUAGUGAAAGGUCAAGGGGUCGCAGCUUUGAUGGAUGCCCUGAUGAAAAUAGCAUCAACUUUUCCAAAGGUUAUGGCAACAGAUCAGAACCUAAUCACCAUAGCAACCACACUUCAUUCAUGUUCAAUUGAUCAAGUGAUGACACUACUUAAACUCUGUAAGCUGGUCUUGAAGACAAAUGACUGUGGGAUAAGUCCUCUUGGUGCCAGGAUGUUGAUCCUUCCUUUACUUCAGAUCUUGGCCACACCCAAGUCCGAUUGGAUUGGUCGCGAGCUUAGCACCCUGCACAGUCUGGCAGGGGAGAUAAUUCUAAAUAUUGAGAAGAAAAGAACAACUCCUAAUGAAAUGGCACAAGACUGGAACUUAGAAAUUGGAUUGACUACAGCAAGUUAUGAGGAUCAAAACUUUGCCCAUUGGACAACAGUCUUCUCUUUGCAUCAGGAUCAGGCAGUGUCGUGGAUGUCUGGUCUGAUGUCUUCUCUUAAACUGACCAAUCACAUCCCAUUCUCCUUGACCAAUCUAAUCUCUGCGUUAUUGACCAGGAGCAGAAGUGAACAUGAGGCUGGAACGGCCCUUAAAACUUUGACCCUGAUAGCUAAUCGGGAUUCCACUCAGGCUCCAUGGUUUCUGCCGUUGAUGCUGUACCAGUUGGGAAGGGAGAGCAUUCCAUCUGUCAGAUUUGAGAUUCUGAUGACAAUACCAAAGCUUGCAACACACAAAGUGUGUGUUGGGCCUAUCCUUAAAACUAUCCAGUCCUUUGGAACAUUUCCGGCGAUGAGGGGACCUUACUUGCAAAUGUUAACAGAUUUAUGGAAGAUCCAGGACAGAUGCUUUCCGCAGCUGCUGAAAGAGAUCAAGGAAUCUCCAAAAGGAUUUUCUGACUCCCUGGAAGUGUUGCUUAUCAAAGCAAAAGCCAUCCGAGAUGUAUGCAAAUUAAGACCAGAACAACAUGGUUCAGAUAUGCUUGGUCCAUUAUCAGACAUCCUCAACUUGUGUACAGGGGAGGAGGAGGCAGCUGUAUCCUCCCUUGCACUAGAAGGCCUGUACUUCCUGUGUGAAGCAGAGGUUAUUAACAUCCUGUCUGCCUGGUCCGUACUCGCUGACAGUCUUGUCCGGGAUUCUCGACCUGCUGUGGUUGAAAAGAUAUGUGAACUGUUUUCCCUCGUUCCAUCACUUGUAGAGCAGACCACGGAUUAUGAGAAAUUCUGUGAAGAUGCUGUGAGGAAUUUGUGGCUGUACACAACAAGUGAUGAUACAAGGGUCUGUGGAGCUGCAUUUCAGGCCUUGUCCAUGUACAGGGCUGACCAAUUCAAAGUGUCUUACCUACCAAGACAUGUUACAGAGGAUCUGACAGAACAAGCUGAACAUAUAUCCAGAGAAGAGGAGAGAGAAAUCUCGGUGGAUGAAAUGUUUCCACAGGUACCAGCUCAGUGCUACACAAGGCUUCUCAAGACUUUACCUACAGAAGUACUAUCAGAUUACGAAGCAUUUUUGGCUGCCAUGGUAGCCAAGGAAGUCAUUGAAUUACCAAGGGGAAUAUACCACUCAUCUCGAUGGAGACAGAGUGCUGCGACCAAUCAGAGCAAAGCCAUCGGAUCUAUCCCAGCAUUCAUCAUGGGUCACUAUAACAAAACAAAACAGCCAGGACUUCGACCAGGCUUGGCAGUGAGUACACUCUUCUGCUUUGAUCCACCAGUAGAAGUGGGUAGGGAUGGUCGCCCACGGAAACACUACAUAACCUCUCACAGCAAAAACUUUCAGCAGAUGUUCAAGACUUUGCUCCAGGAGGUUCCCAUCCAGCCAUCAGAAUGGCACAAAAGUAUGAUCAUUCCGCAAGCUUGGACAUCGUUCGUCGAUCGACUUUUCACAGCUAUGAUUGAGGCCUUUAUUCGGCCGGCUUUUGUUCGGCCUUUGUUCGGCCAUUGUUAUACUCCACGUACCGAGCGCGUGUCCACGUGUUUUGCGCCGUUUGGUUUUUCAUGA